AGGCUAAACAGGUACUCAUGGCAACGAAAGGUGAUUUUACUUUUAUCAGACCAAUAUAUAAGGAUUUACGUUAGCACUUGACACAAUUUUUGUUCCUUCAUCAAUUAACAGUAACAGUAAACUAACAUUUUCUUUCAUGAUAGCAUAAUUACACCGAAAGAGGAAGCCUUUGAUGUGUGACGUCAGAUUUAUUGUGCUGUUGCUGCAAACAAGAACAACGCUCAGAUAAAGAUAUAACACCGAAUAUUCCCCAGCUCAAGGCCAUGGAUGAAGUAUUCCUAAUCCAUGACAAGGCCAUAUAAACCCAGCUGGAAACCGAAAACGAUUGAUUAGGUUUACGGUUUUACUUUAUAAAUAGUUCUUCAACCUUCAGCCUUGAAUAACCGAGCGACAAUUAUCCCAGGGACCAAGAACCGUCACAUUCCAGCGCUAUCCGGACGAUGCGCGUGACUCUGAUAUUGGUGUGUGCGCUGGCGACGGCCGGCGGCGGUGUGACGGCACAGAACGCCACCACACUGCAGCUGGUGCAGGUGCUGUACCGCCACGGCGCGCGCACGCCCAUCUACUCGUACCCGAACGACACGAACGCUGACCACUGGUGGCAGGGGCCCGGCCAGCUCACCAACGAGGGCAAAAACAAUCAGUACGAGCUGGGCGCCUACCUGCGGCGCCGCUACGCCGGCUUCCUCAGCCCCCUCUACCACACCAACCACACGCAGGUGGAGUCGUCGGACGUGGACCGGACGCUGAUGUCGGCCCAGGUGAACCUGGCCGCCCUCUACCCGCCGCAGGGCCGCGACAAGUGGAACCCCGACCUGGCCUGGCAGCCGAUCCCCGUCCACACGCGGCCCAGCACCGACGACUACAAGCUGCGCUUCAUCGACGCCUGCGAGCGUUACCGGCAGGCGCGCAAGGAGCUCGACUCGUCCGAGUACGUGCGCAAGGUGGACCGGAAGUACGCGCCGCUGUACAAGUACCUCCACAGCGUGGGCGUGAUGCUGAACGACGUGGAGGGUCUGUCGGGCCUGUACGACACGCUGUGGAUCGACGACCGGCACGGGCUGGCCAUCCCCGAGUGGGCGCGCCGCCGACUGCCCGCCUUCAACCGCACCGUCUACCCGGAGCUGCUGCGCCCCAUCAGCGACCUGGCCUUCCAGCUCUUCAGCCACACGGCCGAGAUGCGACGGCUGGGCGGCGGCGUGCUGCUGGCCGACAUGACCGAGCACAUGGCGGCGGCGGCGGCCGGCUCGCUGCAGCCGCUCGGCCGGCAGCUGUUCAUGUACUCGGCGCACGACUUCACCGUGGCCGCGCUGCUCGGCGCGCUGGGCGUCUACAACGGCAUCGCGCCGCCGCUGGCCAGCUGCGUCAUCGUCGAGCUGCACCGCGACGCGUCGGGCGCCUUCUUCGUGGAGAUGUUCUACCGGAACGACACGACCGCGGAGCCCUACCGGCUGCGGCUGCCCGGCUGCGCCGACCGCUGUCCGUGGGAGGCGUUCCGCGACCUGACGGCCGCCGUCCGGCCGGCCGACGCGGCGGCCGAGUGCGCCGUGUCGCCGCCGCCGACUCCGGCGCCGCCCUCGCCGCCGGCGCUGAUCGUGGCCGCCGUGCUGGUGUGCGGCCUGCUGCUGGUGCUGCUGGUGGCCGCGCUGGUGCUCUACUGCCGCCGGCGCCGGGACGAGCAGUUUCACUACUCGGCGCUGAGCACCAACUGAACGCCGACCGGGAGCCGACGGAGAGCCGGGAGAAGGCGGCGGCUGACGGCGGGCCGCGACGGGGGCUGCUAAAAACGGUCAGCCCCGACUUCGUCCUCCUCUAAGGCCGUGGAGCGUGAGUAAGAGAUGGCGAGUCGUUCACAAGUCCAGAUGUAAGCGUAAUCUAGCAGGGUCACAUUUUAUUGAAGGGGAUGAUAGCCAGUUGGUGUAUUUUACAUUUAAUGGUCAUAGCCUUGCUGACAAAUUUGAGGACAGGAGGAACGCUAUUCUACUUUGCUGGUAGCGUCCUGGGCAGCAUGCUGUUGUUCCUUACCUUGGUGAACUGAGUCCAACCGCAUUCCCGGUCGGUGAGCGUGCCAGCCAUGUGGGAGUAGGUUCUGCUGAUGGCCAGCGGUCUUUGGGUGAUAGAUGUCUUUGGGUGCCUGCUGUAUCUGUGUUAUGCGCGUGCUGUGAACUGAACGAUGCCCAUACCCGGGGGUGGUAUUUGACGCCACACGGACAUCUGCGCCCAGGAUGUUUUAUUGUGUCCCGUGCUGAAAGGAGCCCAAUUCCAUAACACAUCCCGGGCAUCACGAUUUCGCCUCAUCUUGGCUUUUUGAACUCGCUCGUUACUCCGAUGUGGAUAAUUCCUUGAACACAUUCCGUCUUAUGUUUAUGCGCAUUUCGCUCAAAUAGCUCACAUUUUACACCUCAACUAUCUGAAGCUCAACUAUCAAUUUUGUUAUCUGCUAGACAUUUUUCGUCAAAUGCAAGAUGGACGCCCUGUUGAAUUUAGCAGCUUUUGAAUUUGAGCUAUAACCGAAACGAACGAUUGUAAAUGAUUUCACGAAAACCUUUGAUUAAAUAAGCUUACACGGCAGUUGUGUCCUAUGAAAACACCACCCGACUUCAUUUCGGUGACAUUUCACUGCUUGGGAUUUCCAUCGUCGUGCGUAGCGAUUGAGCUUUGUCGGACCAGUUAUCCGUUGCUGCUUGAGUUCUGCAAUGUGUAUAAUUGUUCCAGAUGUGUUUGAAAAGGCCAUUUUAUCUAGACCAGUAGAUUCAGCAGGUAGCUCACUUUCAUAUAAAUUGCAUAUAGGUAUAUUUGUAAUGUAUGUGUAUGCGCUAUAUGGAUGCUGCAGGCCGUAAUUUGUCCUUAUUUACAUUGUCACUGUGCUUUAUCGCGCGGGGAUUGCGUAUCAUUCGUAGGGUUAAAUCAGAGAAGUGUGCAACUCUGAUUGUCUCGGUCCAGCUGCUGAACCCUGAUAGCCAAUCACGAUCAAAUGCCGAUCUGUAACCAGUGAAUAAUAUGUAUGUACGUGCGCCACCACUACGGUAGCAAAAGCGGGGCUGACUAUUGUGGUGCCCAACCGUACAGCCACGUGUUUUAUAACGAGCAUCCAGCUACAUGCUGGCACAUACUGCUGUUUCAACGUUUUAUUUUGGACUCUAUAGGAAUUAGUGGGAAUGCCGGUGCCGCCUGGCUCUCCAGUCUCCGUGAGACUGAUCUGGGCGACUGUUGAGUGUUUUGUGGCAAAUAAAGGUUCCUGAGUUCGGGAACCACAUCAAA